UCAGCAACUGCAUGACAUUUUACUUCGCACAGUUUACCCAUGUUGUUAAAAACAGUCAACUGACAAUCGUUUUGUUUGGAGUGAAUACUGUCGGUGUACGUAAGGUUCAUUUGAAACGAACAGCUCUUGAGCGGAAAUGGUCGUGAAGAGCAAAGUGCCAAACGUUCACAUUCCUGAAGAUCUUUCGUGGCCUCGGUUUGUGUUUCAAAAUUUUGAAAACUACGGAGACAAGACGGCGAUUGUUGACGGACCAUCUGGCCGUUCUUACACUUUCCAACAGCUAAUCCAAUUGACCAGAAAAUGCGGGUCGGCCCUUACAAAGAGAGGCUUCAAGAAAGGCGACGUUUUCGCCAUCUUGCUCCCAAACAUGCCAGAGUUUACAAUAAUUUAUUACAGCACUCUAUUAAUAGGUGGAAUCGUGACAACACUAAAUCCAUUGUAUACAGUGGACGAAAUCUCACACCAGCUCCGUGAUGCGGGAGCUACUUCUAUCAUAACAAUUCCACCGUUUGCAGAAAAAGCCAAGCAGAGCGCUACAAACGUUGCAAUUAAUACAGUGUACGUUGUCGGAGAAGCCGAAAAUUUCGAGUCACUUUCGUCUUUGCUCGAAGACAAGGGCGAAGAUUUUCCGGAAAAUGUCGAGAUCAACCCCAAGGAGGACGUCGCCUGCUUGCCGUAUUCGAGCGGGACUACAGGAGCUCCAAAAGGAGUAAUGUUGACCCAUUACAACCUGAUCGCAGAGGCUUCGAUAGUAACUCAUGACAGUUUCAUGUUUAACAAUGAUGAGCCAGUCGUACUUGGCUUGUUACCUUUUUUCCACAUUUUUGGGCAAAUUAUCUCGAUGUCUUGUGCCUUAUUUAAAGGUGGGACGGUUGUGUGUGUGCCAAAGUUUGAACCAGACUCUUUCCUCAAGGUCAUUCAAGACUACAAGGUAUCCCAUGCAGCUGUUGUGCCUUCAGUUGUGCUAUUCUUAGCCAAGAGUCCACUUGUCGAGCAAUAUGACUUGUCCAGCUUAAAGGAUCUGACAUCUGGGGCAGCCCCACUUGGAGGCGAGUUAAUGAAUUCCCUGAAAGAGCGUAUUCCAUCAAUAGAAUGGUGCAGGCAAGGUUUCGGCAUGACGGAGUUGAGUCCAACAUCACACGUGACACCUCUCGAUAACGUUGAAAAUGGAUCUGUGGGAGUGCUGUUACCAAAUCUUGAGUGCAAGGUUGUUGACAUUGAGAAUGGUAAUGAACUUGGUCCCAAUAAGGAAGGCGAGAUUUGUGUCAAAGGACCCACUGUUAUGAAAGGGUACCUAAACAACCCAGAAGCUACCAAGCAGACGAUUGACACAGAUGGCUGGUUGCACACGGGGGACAUUGGACGUUAUGAUGAUGAGGAAAAUUUCUUUAUUGUCGAUAGACUCAAGGAACUUAUCAAAUUCAAGGGAUUUCAGGUUCCUCCAGCCGAGCUCGAGUCUCUCCUUAUCUCUCACUCGGCCAUAGAAGAUGCAGCAGUAAUCGGAGUCCCGGAUGUAAGGGCGGGCGAACUUCCAAAAGCCUUUGUCGUAAAGAAGACCAACGAAGUGAUCACUGAAGAAGAGAUUAUAAAAUUCAUUGAAGAGCGAGUGGCACCGCAUAAGACAUUAAAAGGGGGUCUAGAAUUCAUUGAUAAAAUACCAAGAAGUUUAAGUGGUAAAAUACUACGAAGAGAGCUAAAGGCGAGAGUUGUUGCCGAACUAACCACAGUUACUGAAAACAGAAACAACGAAGAAGAAGAGAACGUUAUCCGUAGUAAAAAUCCUGAUAUAGAGAUUCCAGAGAAUCUGUCUUGGAACGAGUUUAUUUUUCAGGAAUUUGAUGAGUACGAGGACAGGGAAGCCAUCAGAGACUCCAUAUCUGACCGCUCAUACUCAUAUCGCCAAAUAAAGGAUUUGAGCAAAAGAAUUUCGUCUGCUCUAAACAAGCGAGGAUUUAAAAAAGGAGAGGUGUUUGCUAUGUUUUUACCAAAUCUUCCCGAAUUUCCAAUCGUUUUCUUCGGUGUGCUUCAGGCAGGUGGCGUGGUCACGGCAGCAAAUCCACUCUUCACAACCGAAGAACUUGCCAAACAAUUAAAACUGGCUGAUGCCAAAUGGAUACUUACCGUACCCCAGUUGGUUCAUCGAGCAAAAGAGGCUAUGCAGGACCUGGGACGAGAGAAUAUGUUCGUCAUAGGUGACAUCGACGGAUGUGAGUCGCUCUCAGCCCUCCUCCAAGAUGAUGGUUCUAGCUUUCCUGACGUCACAAUAAAACCCAGGGAAGACACAGCGGUUCUUCCCUUUUCAAGCGGGACCACGGGUCACCCCAAAGGUGUUAUGUUAACUCACUACAAUCUCGUCUCAUGUGGAAGUAUGAUGCGAACAGAAGGCUUUCUAAGCUUCAGUGAUACAACAGUUCUUUUAGCAUUCCUUCCGUUUUUUCAUGUUUAUGGAAUGGUGGCCAUAAUGUCAAUGGGUCUUCGUUGUGGAAGCGCUAUCAUUACUAUGCCACGAUUUGAGCGGGGCAAGUUUUUACAAACUCUACAGAACUAUGAGGUGACACAUCUUCCCGCGGUACCCCCUGUGGUUCUAUUGUUAGCUAAGCACCCCUCCGUUGAUAAUUUUGACUUGUCAUAUCUGACUGAGGUCACAAAUGGAGCGGCUCCCUUGGGAAAACAAGUUUCAAAAGCUCUAAUGGACAGACUUCCGCUACUCAGCAGCGUGCGACAAGGUUAUGGAAUGACCGAGCUAAGCCCGGUGUGUCACAUGACUCCAGCAGAAAACAACAAACACGGUUCUGUGGGGUGGGUACUGCCAAAUCUACGGUGCAAGGUGGUUGACGUGGAGACUGGGGAGGCUUUAGGUCCUGGUCAUGAUGGCGAAAUCUGCGUCCGAGGACCAACAGUCAUGAAAGGAUAUCUAAACAAUCCCGAGGCAACUGCACAGACAAUUGACGCAGAUGGCUGGCUUCACACAGGAGACAUUGGACAUUAUGAUGAGGAUGAACAUUUCUUUAUUGUUGACAGAGUAAAAGAACUUAUAAAAUACAAGGGAUAUCAGGUCCCUCCUGCUGAGCUUGAGGCUCUCCUCAUUUCACAUCCUGCAAUAGAAGACGCAGCAGUCAUUGGAGUCCCGGAUGCAGAGGCUGGCGAGCUGCCAAUGGCCUUUGUGGUGCGUAAAGCCGAUGUCACACUCACAGAAAAAGAUGUCCAUGUAUUUGUUGAUGAAAAUUUAGCGGCUUAUAAGAAAUUGAGAGGCGGAGUGGAGUUCGUAGAUCAGAUUCCAAAGUCUUUAAGUGGUAAAAUUCUUCGUCGAGAGCUGAAAGACAGACUAAAGAAACCGUCUAAAGUCGAGAGCUCUCAGGGUGCAAGGAAUAAAAGCUUUAGGAGAAGCCUGCGGCAAAACGCGGACAAGAAAGUAAUGAGCGGGACCUCGGAUAGAGCAGAUAAAAAUGCCGUGGGUGUGGCUCAGAAAUCCAGCUGCUGUGUUAUCAUUUAACAUAAUUGAGCUAAUCAAGAUCUAAGUUAUCCUUAAAGUCCCCAUGACGCCUACUUUUUAGUAUCAAAUCACAAAAAUAGAACCAUAAAGAAGGUGUCUGGUAAGACUUGUGGGUGAUUAUGGUGCAUCUUUGUCAUUUUACGAGACGAAAAAAGUCCGAAAUUGUUCCCUGGAGUCCGGUCUUUUUCGUUCCUCCCCGAGUAGAGAGGGAGGAGCGCGGGCUCGGGUUCCCGAACAGCAGCUGGUAAUCGAGCCUAAGGCCAGAGGCUAUAAAAAGACGAAAGAGGUGCAUUCAGAUUAUGAGCGCAAAGCGUGUUGAGUGGACACCAACUUGAAAUUCACGGGUAUGUUCAAUACCGUAAUUAUUUGGCUAUAAGCCAAUACCGGCUAUAAGCCGAGACACUAAACUUUUAGUUUGCAGGAGCUGUUGGAUUGUUAUGAACAAUAAACCACAAGUAAAUGCCGA